AGCCGGCCUCCUCCUCCUCCUCCCCGGCGGCGCGCACGGCCGCCCUCUUCCCACACCGCCCUCUUAGCCGCUCCCUCCUCAGCGCCGGUCUGAAGAGGAAUCGAGCGUAGAGCGCAUCGAGAACUCUGCCCUCUGCGGCCGCGCGGCCCCGGACUCAUCGGUGCGCUCGGAGCUCGAUUUCCCUAGUGGCGGCGGCGACCGUGGUGGCGGCGGCGGCUGCUGCUAGUGGUGGUGGCGGCGGCUGCGGCGGCGACGGCGGCGGCAGCGGUGGCGGCUGCUCGGCCAGGAUUCCCGGCCCCCCGCCAUUUCGGACUGGCGCGGGCCCUGAGGACUGCGGCGGGCGCCUGAGGCUCGGCGGCUCCCAGGUGCGGGAGAAAGAGAGGCCUGCUGAAAAUGACGGAAUAUAAACUUGUGGUAGUUGGAGCUGGUGGCGUAGGCAAGAGUGCCUUGACGAUACAGCUGAUUCAGAACCACUUUGUGGAUGAAUAUGACCCUACGAUAGAGGAUUCCUACAGAAAACAAGUAGUAAUUGAUGGAGAAACCUGUCUCUUGGAUAUUCUCGACACAGCAGGUCAAGAGGAGUACAGUGCGAUGAGGGACCAGUACAUGAGAACUGGGGAGGGCUUUCUUUGUGUAUUUGCCAUAAAUAAUACUAAGUCAUUUGAAGAUAUUCACCAUUAUAGAGAACAAAUUAAAAGAGUUAAAGACUCUGAAGAUGUACCUAUGGUCCUAGUAGGAAAUAAAUGUGAUUUGCCUUCUAGAACAGUAGACACAAAGCAGGCUCAGGACUUAGCAAGAAGUUAUGGGAUUCCUUUUAUCGAAACAUCUGCAAAGACAAGACAGAGAGUGGAGGAUGCUUUUUAUACAUUGGUGAGAGAGAUCCGACAAUACAGAUUGAAAAAAAUCAGCAAAGAAGAAAAGACUCCUGGCUGUGUGAAAAUAAAAAAAUGCAUUAUAAUGUAAUCUGGGUGUUGACGAUGCCUUCUAUACAUUAGUGCGAGAAAUUCGAAAACAUAAAGAAAAGAUGAGCAAAGAUGGUAAAAAGAAGAAAAAGAAGUCAAAGACAAAGUGUAUAAUUAUGUAAAUAAAAUUUGUACUUUUUUCUUAAGGCAUACUUAAGUAAAAGUGGUAAUUUUUGUACAUUACACUAAAUUAUUAGCAUUUGUUUUAGCAUUACUUAAUUUUUUUCUGCUCCAUGCAAACUGUUAGCUUUUAUCCUAAAUGCUUAUUUUUAAAUGACAGUGGAAACUUUUUUUCCCUCUAAGUGCCAGUAUUCCCUGAUUUUAGUUUAUGAACUAGCAAUGCCUGUGAAACAAAAGCUGAAUUGCGGGGCCGUGUGCCGUCCCCGGCUUUGUGGUGCAUGCCGCUCAUCCCUUCCUGUCUCCUUAUCAGUUGUGAACAUCGGUGUGAAACAACCUAAAGAAGCUUUUAAGUCAUCUCUGUUUUAUGUUUUAUCUAGUCACAUACAUGGAUUAAUUAGUGACUAACUUGAGUUUAGAGUUUUGGCCAUUUUCCUGAGACGCUGAGGGAACAUGCAUGUCUGGACUUUGUACUGAUUUGUCUUCUGAGCGUCACGUCCCCCCGUUUGCCAUCCUCACACGUGGGAAGUGACACUGCUAGCAAAAGUUUCCUUUCCCACUGCUAGUCAUGGUCUCUCCUCCAAAUACUAUAUUUUUUUU